GUACAUUUUAAAUGUUGCUCACAAGACGUAGGUAUGAGUCAGUUUAUAUAAAUAUGUGUUAAAAAAACCAAUCAUAUAUAGGUAAAAAAUAAAUAAAGGAACAGUAGGACGUGUGUAUCGUAUCAUCAGGUGCUAUCUGUGGAAUGAUCUCAUACCAGUUAGAGUAACCCAACUGCAUGUGAAAGUGAGUGACAGAUCUACGGCAUCUGUAGAGGUCUGUAGGCCCGGCAGCCAUGUCUAGGAAGCAGACAGGAAAGCCGGUGCGUGGCGGCAACAAGAAGUGUGAUGCGGAGCGAAAGCGGGAUGAGCGGGCUGCGCGCCGGGCAAUCGCCAAGGACCGCAAAAACCGACCUCAGGAAGGGGAUGAGGGAGAGGAGUUUGUCAGCUUCUCCAACCAACUCCAGGCGCUAGGUCUCAAACUGAGAGAGGUACCUGGAGAUGGUAACUGCCUGUUCAGAGCUCUGGGCGACCAGCUGGAAGGACACUCUCGGGGACAUCUGCGCCUGCGCCAGGAGACUGUGCAAUACAUGAUGUCUCACAGGCAGGACUUUGAGCCCUUUGUGGAAGAUGACGUGCCCUUUGCACAGCAUUUAUCAAACCUCUCCCAACCUGGUACAUUUGCUGGCAAUGAUGCUAUUGUGGCGUUCGCCCGCAGUCAACAGCUCAAAGUAGUCAUUCAUCAGCUCAACACCCCACUGUGGGAGAUAAAUGGAUCUGAGAAGCUGGUUGGGCGAGAGCUACACAUUGCUUAUCGCUAUGGAGACCAUUACGAUAGUGUACGGCCAAUUGGUGACAACUCUGAGAGCCCGGCUCAGCUGCGUAUAGAGAACCUUCACAAUUCGAGUGGGCAGCGUGAGUUUGGUGAUGGCCAAAGGCACAGACGGAAAGCCCUCCCACCCGCCACGUCUGAGGAGGACAAUGUGAUCCUGAGUUCCCUGAAGAACAGGGGCCCAAACUGUGAAGAGGAGAAUCUGUUUCAGCUGAGUGCAGCCACCAUCAAUGCUGAGUGGCUGGUGGAUUCUGAGCUAGUGUCCCAAGUCUGUAACAGCCAAUGUGCCUCUGGGGCAUGCUCGGCAUGUAGAGAGGCAGCAAAUGAGUGUUGUGAGCACAAACCACCACCAGAUGGAAGCAACCUACACCAAUCCAAGGCUUCAAAUAAGCAAAGGAAAGAGCAGCAGCGCUUGGAGAAGAAAAAGCGCCAGGAAGAAAGACAUCGACAGAAGGUUCUUCAAAGUAAAGGAACACCCGACCAGAACCAGAACCUCUCUGAGCCGGUUACUCUAGUCCCAGCUCUUAAUACACUUAGUAUAUAGCAAAACAUAGCAUGGCCAAAUAAAGUUAUAUUGAGCGGCUGGCAAUUUGCACACAGAAUCUCAAUCAAAUUAGAUUUAUUUUCAAAUGUUACGGUCUCAGCAUCAUGUGAUUAUGUGAAUGCGUUCAGGGUUGUGGAUGAUUGAGGGUGUUUGAUAGUGACCCAGGUUGAUGGAUGAUUUCCACUAGAUAACACAACCACAAAGUCAGAAUACUCUUAAAAAUUAUAAAUUUUUUAUUUAUGGUUAGUUUUGUGCUUGAAGCAGUGUGGUUAGGCUAGAUUUAAGAUUUUAAAAACAUACUGUAGAAAUAGGUACAUUUAUGACUUUGUGGGUUUAUUAACUAGUGAUGACCCUAUUGUACAUAGGUUUCCCUAUAGACACACUGGAGUGAUAAUUGCAAACAUUAGAAACUGAUCAGAAUCAAACCCUUUCUAGGACUCAAAGAUCAGCCAAAUAAAAUACUUCAUUUGCUAUCACAUGAUAAACGGUUACAUUCUAGCUGGCACCAUUUACCACUCUAAAUUCAGCAGCAGAUGGUAGUUAUUAUACCCUGGAAGAAAUUUUCAGUUAACUUAAAUAUCUAAAAAAAAAAAAUGUAGGUGUAGAAACGGGUUAAAUUCAGUCGGUUUCUGUUUCCAAAUACAGUAUGGCCCCCCUCUGUCUAAACUUUUUCUAUGCUGGUUAGUGCUGCUUUUUACAAUGACCAUUCAAUUCAUCUUGGGCUUCUUUUUGCAUUUGUUUUGAAUUUACAUUUUUCUGAUUCCAGCCAAAGAAAGAAAAGGGAAGAUGCAUAAUUGUAAACAGAACUAGAUGUUUUUUGACAGAUACUGAAAUGUUGAGUUGAUACAUAAACCAUGUUUUAUCUGGUUAAUGGCAGUACAGUGGUAUUGAUCCGGUUUAAAUACAUUAUAACAUUAUUAUUCGGUUGGGAGAUAGGAAGGUAAAUCAUUGUGAAGCACUGUUUGGUAUGAAACAGAAAGUGGCAAUAAAUGAAAAUCUUUAAGUA